GAGAGAAAGAAGGAGAAAGAAAGGGUGCGAUGAGUCGGGGGACCGCGGAGAGGUCGCGAUCGCGAUCGUGAAACGCCAAACUGACAGCAGUCUGUAAAGAUGGCCCCCUAAUUGAGUCGCGUUCGGUCACAAUCAACAGGUCGCCAACCAUCCGCGCUCGGUUCUACGUUCAACGCGUGUCGGUUCACAAGUGCCUACAGAGAAUGCAAAUCGUGCCCAAGUGAUAGUGAAAAAAGGAUCGAAGCAAAGUUUGCGUUGUUUGCAUAGUGUGUUUGUUUGUGUUCGAAAGGUUGUGAGCGAAAGUGUAUUUUCCCGUGUGUGUGUGUGUGUGUGUGUUGUUCACCAGCGGAAAGCAUCCAAAGCAGAGUGGUUGCGUCGAUGGUUGGACGGAGUGCGCGUGCAGGUGUGUGCGUUAGUGGAUACACACAUACGUGAUCGAAUAAUAAUGAUCGCCAAGGGCCACUUGCUGCGGUUGCUGUUGUUGUUGCAUCGACGUCAGCGAAGGUGCUCUCGGGUGUCGUCGCUGUAGUGUGUGCAUCGGAAGAAGAGUGCACCCCUUGAUCCUAGUAUACCGUUCCACUACCUACCACACCGAUGCAUCUCGAAGCAAAGUAGUGCUCCCUGAAUGAUCUACAGAGGAAAAAUCAGCCACACAAAUGAGGAAAGGACGGUGAAACGACCACGACGACCAAGUUAAAGCAGCAGCAGCAGCGUGUGUUGGUGCAAUUGUUUACAUACGAUCCCGCCGAAGAGGAGGAAGGGAGAGGUGCAAAAAGGCACAGGAGGUCGCUCGCACCAUGUUGACGCUACUGACGGAGCUGCGCUUUUGGUCCACCAGGGAGGACAUCACCAUCCAGGAUACGGAUCUGGGAACGACCAAGUACUGUGAGAAAAAAGCGGACCCCGGCCGAACGGUGCUGAGCGAGGGCAAACGAAGCUACUGCGAAUCGCGCGGCCUCAAAUGGACGCUGGACAACAAGAAGCCGAACAAGCUGCGCCACUCGCUGCGCCUGCUCGAGGACGAACUGCGCCAGCGGCGGCUCGUGUACUGCAAGUGGAAGAACAGCGUGCUGCUGCAGCUGAUGCUCGCGAACGGGCUGCUGGUGCACCUGUCGAUCAAUCCGUUCACCGGCGACCUGAACCGCAUCUACUUCGACAAGUAUCUGAUCGGGAAGCUGUGCUCGGAGCACAUUACCGAUGUGGUCAUCACGCAGCACCACAUACUGGUGGCGUACACAGAAAAUCAGAUCACGUUCGUGCAGCUGCAGAAGCCGACCGCGCGUAAAAACAACCUCGAGAAGAUUAGCCUGAUGGAUCCAAAGAUUUGCAACGUGCUGCUGAGCGGCACGGGAUCGACGACGCGCAAGGUGCCGAAGCGGCUGGUCUGCAGCAGCAGCCUCAAUCUCGUGAUCGUGUGGACCAAAUCGUCCCAGAACGAGGUGUACCCGUGGCGGCCGACGGUGAAGGAUCAGGAUCGAGCCAACCUGCACGUGUACAAGCUGAACGGGGCACGGAUGGAGCUGCUGUGCUACUACUGGACCGAGUACGAUCCGAUCUCGGUGCAGUUUUCCCUGAUGAACGACUACCAGGUGCACUGUGUGGAGCAGAAAAUUUCCAAAAAGGGCGAAGUCACGAUCGACAGCUGCAUCUAUCAGAUCAACAAGAGCAAAAUGCGCCGUGUGGCGGUCACGUCCAUACCGCUGCAGACGCAGGUUUGCUGCAACGCCCUCAGCCCGGACCACGAGAAGCUUAUGCUCGGCUGUAUCGACGGGUCGGUCGUACUGUUUGACGAGGGUCGCGGCAUAACUCAUCUCGUAAAAGCCGCCUUCAUUCCUACAUACGUUGCGUGGCACAGUGACUCAUCGGUGGUAAUGAUCGCGAACGAAAAGUGUCAGCUGCAGUGCUUCGACAUUGCGCUUUCCUGCGUCCGGAUGCAGCUGCUGAGCGAAACGCAGGACGGCAUACCGUCCGGCACGUUCGAUCUGUCCAACUACUUUCUCGGCCACCAUGCACCGUCGAUUCAGCUGGGGCGGCUGUGCUGGAGCAAAAAGCCGGAGCUGGCAAGCCAUGGCGAACCGUACGCCACGACCGAUUCGUUUCUGUUCUGCGCUUUCGAGCAGGGACCGCUCGCGUGCGUGCGUGUCGUCGGCGGAUCCGGCCUCAAGGGUGACGUGCACACGUCCGGCCUGACCGCGGACGUGCUCGUGCACAAGUACAUCUCGCUGAACCAGGUGGAAAAGGCGAUCAACAUACUGCUCAGCCUGAACUGGGACACGUACGGUGCGAUGUGUUUGCUUUCGCUGCACCGCAUAGCGAACUACAUCUUCAAGCAACCGCUCGGGACGGAGCGGGAGCUGCAGCUGCAGAAAGCGCUCGGCAGCUUUCUGGUGCCGGUCAAGUCGCUCUGCUACGAGACGGAGCUCGAGUUUGGCGAUCAGGUGAACGAUAUUACGCUCAAGUUCUUCCACUAUCUGCUGCGCAAUCGUUCGUACAACAAGGCGUUCAGCCUGGCCAUCGACAUUAACGAUGCGGAUCUGUUUCUGAAGCUGCACGACAAGGCAAAGGUGGACGGGGAUGUGGAGCUGGCGCGAGAGGCGCUCCGGAAGGUGGACGAUAUCAACCGAAUAUGCACCGAUCGCAGCGAUAGUGAGCACUCCCUCUGUUCCAACUCGUCCUGCUCCCUGUGUGCGGACAGUUUCGAUGACGACGAUGACGAGGAAGGCGAUGAGGAGGACUAUGAGGACGGUGAACGAGUCGAGAAUGGUCGUGACGACGGGGAAUACAUUGCCGGUGAAGAGGAGGAUGAGCUCGAGCGGGAAGAAACCGAAAGUGCUCGCGGCGAUGUGUCACGACGGGUAAAUGGUACAAACGGAACUUACCAGCAUCGAAGAACCGAACGAACAGGGGCCAUGGAAAAGUUACGGCCUGACCCUCGCGAGCCGAAAUUCACAAACGAAGCGAGAGAGAAAAGCUUUCGAACGUUCUCAACCUCCUCCGGUUCGUCCAAAUCUUCCCAGGUGCAACGAUGGAACGAUUACAACGAUCGUUCCAAAUCAAAGGCCCAUACCCUGGCACAUCCUCCGCUGCCGAAAAUGGGUGAACAACAGUCUUCCAAAUCGAUCGCUUCCAGCAGCACCACUACCACCAACAGCAGCUUAAAACCUUCGGCCAAGCAGCCGGACUCCUUCUUCGCCCACCAGGACAGACCGCCACUGCCGUACAUUUCGAAAAAAGCAACCCCCGGCCAGAGCAAAGCAUCCCCGGUCGCCGUGCCGCCACCGUUUGCCAUGCAGCGCAGCCAAACGGCAUUAGCGCUGAAGCUGUCGAAGCAGCAGCAGUCCCGCAUAGCGGAGUCGAAGCUGAAGGGCAAAUCGUUAAGCUCCAGCAAUCUCUUGCUACUGGACGAUAGCCCGCUGGCGUAUGCGCACGCCUCAUCCGGAAUGGCAGCACUGGGGCCGGGAACGCGCUCCCGCCAGAUGGUGAAUCCGCGCGAGAAAGCCGCCAAAUACAGCUGGCAAGCGAACAGUAUGUCGAUGGAUCAGCUGAAUGCUUCGACUGCAGUAACGAGCCGUGGGGCGGCCGGCGGUCCUGCGCCAUUGGUUGCACCUCACUACCUCGAGUACGGUGAGCCGGCGUUAGGAAACGGUCGCAGUGGGCUGCCUUCUGCCUACCAUCCUCAUCAUCAUCAUCAUCAUCUGCACCAUGACGUUCCACCGCCACUGCCACCCGGACAGCAGCACAUUGUUAUCGACGUUGUGCCGAAACCGUCCCUAAACGGAUCCUUCCCCGGUGGGCCAUUAUCAUCCUCUUCCGCAUCCUCCUCCUCCGUCUACCACCCAGUGCCACCGUUGGGCGCUGUGGUACCAAACAUUCUCGAUCAAACGAUCGGCAUACCGUUAGUACAAGACGAGCCGGACUUUAUCCGACGACCGACGGGAGGGGUACGGAAAGCACCGCCGCCGCCCCUACCCCAGUCCCCCUGGUAUCCGUCCAGCGCAAGCGUGCCGUCGGGCAGCGCUGGCAGCAACAGCAACAACGCACCCCGCACCAUCAUCCACCAGUAUCCGCUCAUCUCGGGCAACAUUCCGUCCAAGUUUCAGCUACAGUCGCAGCAACAUCAGCCACCGUUCGAGCUGCAGAUGGCAACGGCAAGCACGGGAAAGUAUGGCGGUACGCGGAAGAAGCUGGAUGCUCCCACCGCAUCCAUACUUUCGAACGGUGGAAGCAGUCACUCGAGCGCCGGUGGACAACAGUCGCAACAGUCACCUGCUGGUGGCAAUGGAGGAGGCCCGGGAAGUGCACUGAAUCUGGGGGCGACGGGCAGUGGUUCUGCAGCAGGUGGCAGCAGUGGGGCUUCCACCUCUUCCUCGGCCACUACCAAGCGGGACGGUGCGGAGAAGAAUAAAGUAAAGUUCUCCGACACCGUCACGGUUGCCGUUGUGCCGCAGGAAAUACCCCGCAAAGAGAAGCUGAUCGUCGAAAAGCUUCGCAAGCAACCGCUCCAGCCCGGUCCGGUAGGGUACGGACCGUACACGUCCAUUGCCGAUCCAAAGCGCGAGCUGGCCGAAAGUUUGCCCCUGUGCCAUCCGAACGAGGACUAUCUGAAGGAUUUUACACCAAUGCAAGAUCUGAUCAGCAACGGAAGUGGGGAAAUGGAGAAGAAAGAAGAGGAAAAGAAAAUUCCCAACAUCAAGGUGGUUCACUUUGGGGUCGUUUGAUCCACGCGGCGGGAAAGCUCUGAUGCUUCUUCCCUUCCUUCCCUCAUACAAAGCAGUAUUCCCUCCUUGGUUUUAUACGUGUAAUGUACUUUGUAACAGUGUAUUUUAUCGAUGUAAAAUUGAUUUGUUAUCCGUCCACCCGCACAGUAUGGGUUUAACACA